CAAGCUCACUUAAUCUGAUGAUUUGUUUUCUUGUCCAUAAAAUGAUUCUUCUCCUGAGAUUAUUCCAUCAUAAAAUAUUGAAUUUCUGAUCUAAAUCUAUCAGUUAAUUACUGAAUCUCUAAUCAUAAAUUAAUUAAAACCCCUUAAUUUAACUUAAUAUUAAUUGCGAUUAAGGAUUUCUCUGUAAAUCUCUCUGUUCAACUCCACGUGCUGCUCACACUCAACUACUGUUCUCAAAAGAAAGACAAACCCUACUAGUAUUAUGAGAUCAGAGAGCUGUUAGAUUUAAAAAUUGAGACAAACCCAUUUUUAAGCUCAGUCUUUUAGAUUGAAAGUACCCAGAAAUAUCUAAACUUUCUGGAGAUUUGAAUGUGUUUUUUAGUUUUUUAUUCAUCUUCUCUUCUGUACUGUUCUUCACUGGAAAACCCCUGUUUUGUAAGAGAAAAGAAAAUGCUGAUUAGAAGUCAUCAAGUUGUUAGAUUCAAAAAUUGAGCAGAACCCUUCACAGAGCUCAGUUUGAUUCCACGAAAUCAGGUAGAAAUUUCGAUACUUGUCACAAAUUUGAGUGUUUUCUUUUUGAAAUCUUAGUUUGGGGUUACUGAAAUCUGAAGAAAAGAAUCUCCUCUUUUAGCUGUAAAUGUUGAAAAUUUCUUACUUUUGAUCUUCUCUUUGGUCAAUAAAGUUGAUAAUAGAAUCUGGGUCUUUACUGGAAGUACUAAAUCUCAAGAAAAAACUCAUCCUUCAAUGGUGAUUUCAAAUUCAUAACUAGUUAGGGUUUUGGCAAAAUGGAUCCUUCAAUUAAGAAAGAAAAUGGGAGUAAUGGAGGAGUAGAAGUAGUUUUAACAAUCUCAUCAGGUGAUGAACCAAUCAAACCACAACAAAAAUCUCCAACCUCAACUUCAACGACACCUACUAAAUCAUCAGAAACCAAUUUCAUUCCACCAAGAAAUUCAAAUGUAGGAGGUGGUGGUGGUGGCGGAGGAGGAUAUCAAGAAUUUGAUAGACCAAAAAUCCAAAUGACUUCAUUCUGUCCAUCACCAGAGAUUUCAAGAGCUUGUGGAAGCCCUCGCCGGCCUCCGAAAGUGCCUGAUAACAUUACACCAAGAAGAGCCUUAGCUAGGUCUGCAUUCUCGAAGCCGAAAUCUCGGUUUGUUGAACCAUCUGCACCUUCAGCUGCAGAUUUGGUUGAUAAAGAUAAGGCGCCGCCGUCUCCGUUUAGGACUUCACCGACAAAUAGAGUAGCUGGGGGUACACCUAGAGCAGGUGGUGGUACAAAGACUGCACCUGUUACUCCGAAGACGCCGUUCUUGUCGUCCCCUGGAGGAGAGGAGGAUGAGGAUGAGGAAAUUUAUAAGAUCGAUAAGGGUGCACCUGCGGAUGUAACGUCACGUAAGUGGGAAACAACUAGAAUUAUCAUUGAAUGGAUUUUGUUGAUUUGUAUUACUGGUUGUUUAGUUUGUAGCUUAACAGUUCAUAGAUUGCAACGUAUGAUGAUGUGGGGGUUGGAACUAUGGAAAUGGUGUGUCAUGGUCAUGGUUGUUGUGUGUGGAAGGUUGGUUACGGCUUGGAUUAUUCAUGUUUUAGUGUUUUUGAUCGAGAAGAAUUUUUUGUUUAAGAAGAAAGUUUUGUAUUUCGUUUACGGAUUGAAGAAGAGUGUUCAGAUUGUUAUAUGGUUGAGUUUGGUGUUGUUGUCAUGGACAUUGUUGUUCAACCGUGGGGUAAAAAGGUCGAGAAGUACUACUAAGUUUCUGGAUUAUGUUUCGACUGGAAUUAUUUCGUUACUUGUUGGAUCAGUUAUAUGGCUUGUGAAGACAUUGUUGGUAAAGAUGUUGGCUGGUUCAUUUCACGUUAACACGUUCUUUGAUAGGAUACAAGAGAGUAUUUUUCAUCAGUAUGUACUUCAAACACUUUCUGGACCACCAAUGAUGGAGUUAGCUGAGCAGGUUGGGGCUGUUGCAAGUACAGGGCAAUUGAGUUUCCGGAGUACGAAGACACCUAAAGGAGCUGAAGCACCGGAUGUCAUAGAUGUGAAUAAGCUUAAUAAGAUGAAGCAAGAGAAGGUUUCUGCUUGGACAAUGAAGGGAUUAGUUAAUGUGAUAAGGACUUCAGGGUUGUCCACGAUUUCAAAUACAAUCGAUCAGAUAUAUAGUGAACAUGAUGAGCAGAAAGAUAAGGAGAUUACUAGUGAGUGGGAAGCAAAAGCUGCUGCUUAUCGGAUUUUCAGGAAUGUCGCCAAACCUAAUAGCAAGUAUAUUGAUGAGGAUGACUUGAUGAGGUUCUUGAGUAAAGAGGAGGUGGAUAAUGUGCUUCCCUUAUUUGAAGGAGCUGUGGAGACCGGAAAAAUUAAGAAGUCAUCUUUGAGGAACUGGGUGGUGAAAGUCUACCUUGAGCGCAAGUCACUAGCGCAUUCUCUAAAUGACACCAAAACAGCUGUGAGGCAGUUGAACAAACUUGUUUCGGGGGCUGUUAUCGUUAUUAUGAUUAUUGUGAUGCUUCUCAUUAUGGGCUUCUUAACAACCAAAGUGGUUGUUUUCAUGUCCUCACAAAUGUUAUUGGUUGUUUUUAUGUUUGGAAAUACUGCGAAACAAAUAUUUGAAGCUAUCAUCUUCGUAUUUGUAAUGCACCCUUUUGACGUCGGGGAUCGUUGUGUUGUUGAUGGUGUUCAGCUGAUCGUUGAGGAGAUGAAUAUCUUGAAUACAAUUUUCCUGAGAUAUGACAGCGAGAAGAUAUACUAUCCGAACUCCAUUUUAGCAAACAAACCCAUAAGCAAUUUCUAUAGAAGCCCUAACAUGGGUGACGCUGUGGAGUUCGCCAUUGAUGUUUCAACUACAAUUGAGAGGGUUGGGGCUUUAAAAUCUAGGAUAAAAGCGUACAUAGAUGGAAAACCUCAAUACUGGCAAUGUAACCACAGUGUUGUUGUGAAGGAGAUAGAGAAUGUGAACAAAAUGAAAAUGGCGUUAUACGUGACUCACACAAUGAAUCAUCAAAACAUGGUAGAGAAAAACAGCAGAAGAACUGAAUUAAUGCUCGAGUUGAAGAAGAUUUUUGAAGAUCUUUCCAUCAAAUAUCAUCUUUUACCUCAAGAAGUUCAGGUUAGCUAUAUAGGUGGUGCAGCAGCACCAACAGGUUUGAGACCAUGAUGCUGAUUACUCCCACCUCAUGAAACCCAAAGCUGCAAAGUAUGUCCUUUUCUUCAAACUUUGCUUCUUUUUUGUUAUGUAGCAUUUUUUAUGCUUCUGACUGGAAUUUCGUAAGCAACUUACAGCCCUACAUUUUUUUCAAAUCUAAUUUAACACUAAGAAAUGAUUUAAUUGAAAAGUUACCUCAUGUCGAGAUGAAUUGCUAUUGUCGUAGAGAAAUAGGUGUGUAUAACGACCAUUUUCAUUCUUUUAUCUUGUGAGAAUGUUACUUGAACCAGUAAAUGAGACAGAAAAGACCGAAAAAUGUCAUUUCUGUUGAGUUAGAGGGUCUAUUAGCCCGAUACUCUAUGUAUAUGACUUUCGGUCUUUUCCAGUUUCUUUUUGUUUAGCAUCAAAAUGGCAAGGUUCAUAAUCUAGCCAUGGUUGUGUAGUAUUGUCCGCCUUUAGUAUCCUUGACAGUAUAACAGCCAGUGGCGGGGUGAUAUUUGAUUUUUCUUACCCACUUCUACAAAUGGGUGAAGAGAAUUCAACCCCAGUGGUUGCAGGCUUUGUAGGAGUGUAGGGACAGAACAGAACCAAUCUUUUAGAAGUAGAGCAUAUUUUAGGUGAAGAUGCGGAUAACCUUA